UUUAUAAACAGUUUAUAUUCUUUUUUUAUUGGUAAACAACAGUUUAUAUUCUUCUUCAAAUUAUAGUUUUUAUUCUUAUUUUUGCUAAAUUAUACCUUAUAUUCUUUUUUCUUUUUGAGAAAAUAUAGUUUAUAUUCUUCUUCAAGCUUUUUCUUUUCCUCCUUAUUAUUACAUCAAUCCAACUGUAGCCAAACCGAGCACCCAAAAUAUGAAACUGAAUUAUUACAAUAAAUAUAUACAGAAGAAUAAUUAAUGCGGAUAAGAUUUUGGAAAAAACAAAAAAUAAUGAAGAUAAGAUAUUUUUUAUUUGUAAAAAAUGUAAGAGAAGAUUUUUAGAGACGUCGACUAUGAAACUGGUGGUGGGACCAGGAGAGGAAGGGUGAGCCUUCAUCCAUUUAAUUAUUUUAACUUUGAAAUAAAUAAAAAGUUAAUUUUACUUUGAAUUAUAUUUACCGGACUACUAUUUUAUUGUCUUUGUAUCCUCUUUCUCCCCUAUUUAAAUUAUCGUUUCUAUCAUUUACUUCCUAUCCACUUUCCCUUUGCCUCUGAGAUCACUGUGCUGUGGUGCAACUCAUUUAUACUCUCUCUUCUCCAUCUCCUUUCUCCUAGAGGUUAUACCUUUUUUACAGUUCUUCCUUGGAUAGAUCUAUCCGGUUCUUUCUAGUGUUAAAAGACAAAAUGGGUGUUCUUGAUCAUGUCUCUGAAAUGUUUGAUUGCUCUCAUGGUCACAAAAUUAAAAAGCGCAGACAGUUGCAGACGGUGGAGAUCAAAGUGAAGAUGGACUGCGAAGGCUGCGAGCGCAAAGUGCGGCGGUCGGUGGAAGGCAUGAAGGGUGUCUCGUCUGUGUCUCUGGAGCCCAAAGCUCACAAAGUCACUGUGGUCGGCUACGUCGAUCCAAACAAGGUGGUGGCCCGUAUGGCUCACAGGACAGGCAAGAAGGUUGAGAUCUGGCCUUAUGUGCCCUAUGACGUCGUGGCUCAUCCUUACGCAUCCGGAGUCUACGACAAGAAGGCACCCUCGGGCUAUGUGCGAAGAGCGGAUGACCCUGGAGUUUCGCAGCUGGCUCGUGCUAGCUCCACCGAGGUCCGCUACACUACUGCUUUUAGCGAUGAGAAUCCAGCGGCUUGCGUGGUCAUGUGAUUUGUCGCUCUAGCUGCAUGUAUGGACCCUUUCUGUCUGUUAUUUAAAUAUAUUGGUGUGUUGUUUUUGUUUUUGUUUUUGUAAAUUAAUACCACCAUAUAUGGUAGGUUACUGUGUUUGGUUUGGACUGUCUCUACUCUUAAACUCUUAUAAUUUUGUCGUAUGUUCCUAUU